AUGUCUUUGCUUCAGGGUGUCCUCCGCACGCACAUACUGGACUCUCAGAGCGGCCGCACUACCCCGCACGACAGCGACGACGAGCUCGUUGGAGUGGUCUCAAGCCCUGGUACACCAGCCUCGGGCUCUCGCCCCUCAUCGCGCCCUGCCUCGCCUGGUCCUGGCAGUGUGCGGCACCCGCGGCGCGCACUACACGUUGCAUCCACACCGCACGGUGUCCCAUCCGAUCCUCUGAGGGCUUUCCACACGGAGGUAUCGCAACGGAUCUUCUCACAGCUAUCGAUCAAGGACCUCGCGAGAUGUGCACGGGUCUCGAAGAAGUGGAGCAAGAGCCAAACUAUCAAUUACGUCUGGUUCCAGCACUACCGGCGAGAGAACUUCCACGACGAUAGCUUACCGCCGGGCAAGUGGACGAAGCGCGAAUCCAAGCAGAACUGGCGUGUCACUCACCUCCAAACUAUGGCGUCGCGCACGACCGACGAGCUCGGCCCCAUCUACCACUCCUACUCUGGGCUUUCCACGCCCGGCUCGGGUUACCAGACCCCCCGCGAGGUUCGCGAGGAACAAUGGCGCCAGGAGACUUCAGGAGAGGUUCGUCCCUCGAAGAACGAGAUGCGCGCCAUGUACAAGGAACUCGGCGGUCGUAAACCCAAGUCUAAGGGGAAGGCUGGU